CAGAAAGAGAAUUCAUCAUAAUUUUCUCCUCCUGUGAGUCAUGGGCUCAUGGCAUCAAUACUUUGACCCUCUUUACGUUAGCACUUAAGCCCCGUUCUUUUCUUCACCUGUCCUAUUUUAAUUACACUUGUUUUCUCCCUGCUUUUUCACCCAUGACCUUGCCGGCAAUCAUCAGUCUUUCAUUUAAACCUUCUCUUUGUUCUUCUUCUGCUUCUGUAAUCUUCACCUCCACGAUUCCUUUAAAACCCUCUCUGUUAUUGCUUUCUCAUUUCUCUUUCAAUCUCUUUCUCUCCAUUUACAUAUUUGAUUUUCUACCUCCUCCGUUCCCUCAAACAUGAUUUUCUUUGCUAAAUGGAAAAUCUGUAGCAUUAAAAUCCCACACUUGGCCAACCCCUUUUAUGGUCCACUUGAUUCCUCCCCCUACUGUUAAUGAUUUUCUCACUGUACAAUCAUGAAUAUUCUUUGUAAUCCAUUCUUUCUCUUGUUCGUAAUUGUUGGUCUAUUGUUUCUCCUUCGAGUUCUUUUAAUCAGUACAGGAUUAAUAUAUACAACAAAGAAAUGGUGGAAAUCAAUCGAAGAUCGUUUUCAUGUGUAUCAAUUAUUCAAAGUCCCAGAAUUCAACGAGAGCAUGCAAGAGAAUCAGCUUUAUUGCAAAGUCUCCGUUUAUCUAAACACUCUGGCUUCCAUGGAGGACUCCGAUUUUACCAACCUCUUCACCGGAAAAAAAUCUAACGAAAUCAUCCUCCUUCUCGAUUCCGGACAGGUAAUCGAUGAUGAUUUUCUUGGAGCCAGUGUCUCUUGGAUAAACGAAGUGAAAACCGAUGCUUCCCGUUCCAGAGCUUUCGUUUUGAAGAUCAGAAAAGCAGAUAAGCGAAGAAUUCUCCGGCCUUAUCUCCAGCACAUCCACACAGUUUUCUAUGAGUUCGAGCAAAAGAAGCAGCGAGAAUUGAAGCUUUACAUGAACACCGACCGUGAUCAAAAUCAGAACCCACGUUGGAGAUUUGUUCCCUUCAAUCAUCCUUCAACAUUUGAGACAAUUGCUAUGCAAUCUGAUCUCAAAAACAAGUUAAAAUCAGAUCUAGAGUCUUUCCUAAAGGCCAAACAAUACUAUCACCGGCUGGGUCGUGUUUGGAAGCGAAGCUAUCUAUUGUACGGGUCAUCAGGUACCGGAAAAUCCAGCUUUAUUGCUGCCAUGGCCAAUUUUCUCGGGUACGAUGUGUAUGACAUCGAUCUUUCCAGAGUUUUAGACGAUUCUGAUCUAAAAUUGCUCCUGUUACAAACCAUAAGAAAGUCGGUGAUUGUGGUUGAAAAUCUAGAUCGAUUUCUGUUGGACAAAUCAACGGCUGUAAGCUUUUCAGGCGUUCUAAACUUCAUGGAUGGGAUUUUAAAUUCUUGCUGUGCAGACGAGAGAAUAAUGGUAUUUACCGUGAACAGUAAGGAUCACAUCGACCCGGCUAUUCUUAGACCGGGUCGAAUUGAUGUCCACAUCCACUUCCCAUUAUGCGAUUUCUCGGCAUUCAAGACAUUGUCGAAUAGCUAUUUGGGAGUGAAGGAUCACAAGUUGUUUCCUCAAGUAGAGGAAAUUUUCCAAUCCGGAGCGAGUCUGAGUCCGGCCGAGAUAAGCGAGCUCAUGAUUGCAAAUAGAAAUUCGCCGAGUAGAGCAUUGAAAUCGGUUAUCACGGCUUUGCAAACGGAAGGUGAACGUAGAGGGUCAGUGAAUGUCGGACGGCGGUUGCUGGAUACCGGGUCAAGAAAUUCAACGGAUGAUUCAAGUGAGCAAUUAGAUAUUUUUUCUAAAGAAAAAUUCAACGCCGUAAAAGAUAUUACGAAAUUGUACAAACUAUUGAGGGUAAGAAGUAAAGGAAAAGCACAAUCUCAUGACUAGACACCGGGUCAAAAGGAUAGGUUAUGAUACUUGUCUCGUUUCGGAUAACUUCACAUUUGAAAGAGCAUAUGAUGCCUCCCGGAGAAAAAAAAAUAAUAAAUUUUGAAAUAUAUUUGAUGCUUCCAUGUAUGUA